AUGCCGGCCCCCGCCCCGCCGCCGAGCAGCGCCCGCGGCCGCCGGGCUAUGGAGCUCAUCGAGCUGCGGGAGCUGCAGCCGGAGCCGCGGCCGGGCCGGGGCCGCCUGGAAAGAGCCAACGCGCUGCGCAUCAGCCCGGCCCGCCGGCCCGGCCCCGGGGCGCAUCCUGACCCGCGGCUGACGGCGGCACCGGGCGCCGGGCACAGCUUCGAGCCGCGGCGCCGCGGGCUGCACACCUGGUGCGAUCUCUGCGGGGACUUCGUCUGGGGCGGCGGCAGAAAGAGCCUCCAGUGCCGCCGUGAGUACCCCACCGCGCCCCGGGCCCCCGCACCCCCGUCCGCACCCCCGCCGCCGGGCAUCCCGGCACCUAGCACCCCCUCCAGGCACCGGGCGUCCCGCCACUCGGCUUCCUCAGCACUGGGCACCCCCGGCGAGCACCGGAUAUCCCGCCACCGGGCAUCCCCGCCACCGGGCACCCUCACAACUGGGCAUUCCCACCGGGCACCCCUACAGGACACCGAGCAUCUUGGUAGUAGGCAAACCCGCGGAGCAUCGGGUGUCCCACAGCUGGGCCUGCUCCAGGCACUGGGCCUCUGGGCACCAGGAACUGCCUCCAAACGCCGGACACCCCUGUAUUGGGCACCUACAUCAGACUGCAGCUUCACCUGCCACUACCGGUGUCGAGCCCUGGUACGGCUGGACUGCAGUGGCCCCCCAGGGGCUGGUGAUGAGGACGAUGGCAACGAGCAGGUGCUGGAGAAGGACACCAACGUGGAUGAGCCCAGCGAGUGGGAGAAGACAGAGCUGGACCAGGCGCAAGUGGAGCAGCGGAUCAAGGAGUACAACAGUCAGAUCAACAGCAACCUCUUCAUGAGCCUGAACAAGGACGGCUCCUACACCGGCUUCAUCAAGGUGCAGCUGAAGCUGGUUCGUCCUGUCUCGGUUCCGGCCACCAAGCGGGUCCCCCAAGCGGGGCGGCCACAUCCCCAGGGGGUGAAGCGCCGAACGUCCUUCUACCUGCCCAAGGGGACCGUCAAGCACCUGCACAUCCUCUCGCACACCCGUGCCAGCGAGGUCAUCGACGCCCUCCUCCGCAAGUUCACCGUCAUCGAUAACCCCCGCAAGUUCGCCCUCUUCGAGAGGUCUGAGAAGGAUGAACAAGUGUAUUUGCGGAAGCUGGGUGAUGACGAGCAGCCCCUGCGGCUGCGGCUGUUGGCCGGCCCUAGCGAGAAGGUGCUGAGCUUCAUCCUGAAGGAGAACGAGACCGGAGAGGUGAACUGGGACGCCUUCACGCUGCCGGAGCUGCACAACUUCCUGCUGAUCCUGCAGCGGGAGGAGGAGGAGCACGUGCGGCGGCUGCGGCACCGCUACGCGCGCUGCCGCCAGAAGAUGCAGGAGGCGCUGGCCACGCGCACCCCGGGGUGA